CGCUAUCGAUUGAGGCUGCCUGGCGGGGGCGGUGGCCGCCCUGCCUUAUUGCCGUUGGCCCAGCGGCUCUCGCCCACCCGCCGCCGACAUGUGGAGAGCGGUCGCUGCUGCCGCCGCCUCGGCCCCGGCGCGAGCCCUGUGCCGCGCCCCGCCGCCGCUCCAUCCUUCGCCGCGACGGCAGGCUGUAAGCGUGGCCGUGUCCCCCGCCGCCGGCCUGGCGGAUGAGCGGGUAGAGACGCGGGUGGCGGGGCUGGGCCCCGGGCAGCCGGUGACCCUGCGGGCGGUGGCGGCGGAUGAGCGCGGCUGCCUCUUCCAGUCGUGUGCGCACUACCGGGCGGACGGCCGCGGCGAGCUGCACUUGGGCACCGACGCCUCGCACGGCGGGGACUACACCGGCGUGGAGCCCAUGGGGCUCUUCUGGAGCCUCGCCCCCGCCGGCAUGGAGAAGCCGUACCAGCGGCUCGUUCCCCGCAGCACCGGCACCCCGAUGAAGGUGGAGAUGUUGGUCCACGAGGGCCACAGCCAGCCCGGCGCCAUUCCCGGGCCGGUGGUGGCCAAGGCCGAGGUGGAGAGGUGGUUCACAGCCCCCGGCGUACGGAGGAUCCGGCUGAAGGAGGGAGGCGUAAGGGGCUCCCUCUUCCUGCCGCCGGGGGAUGGCCCCUUUCCAGGAGUGAUUGACAUGUAUGGUGAUGAAGGAGGUUUGAUUGAAUUUAGAUCCAGUCUCCUGGCUACCCGUGGUUUUGCAGCCCUUUCUCUGCCAUAUUUUGACUUUGAAGAUCUCCCUAAAGUCAUGAAAGAAUUCAAACUUGAGUACUUUGAGGAGGCAGCUAGAUUCCUGCAGCGUCAUCCAAAGGUGAAGGGACCAGGAGUUGGAGUGAUUGGGACUGGGAAAGGGGCAGAAUUAGGACUUUCCAUGAUCACCUUCCUGCCAGAAGUAGUGGCUGCUGUCUCUGUCUCCGGCUGUAGUUCAAACACAGUUGCAGACCUCCAUUAUGGUGACAUGACUCUGCCUGGGCUGCGUUUUGAUAUGAAUAAGGCAAAAGCAACAACUAUCAGAGAAGCUCUAGCCAAAUGGGAAACAAAAAAUGGCCAGAAGGCCUCAGAGGCAAAGGAGGUGAAACUGUACGGUCAGGUUCCUCCUGUAGAAAUGAUGGAUGAAUCUCUCUCCACGCUUGUUAACUGCGAGAAACUAUCGCUGUCUACAAACCGCAUUGAAAGAAUCGCCAACUUGAACAGCCUAAAAAAUUUGAAGAUUCUGUCUUUGGGAAGAAAUAACAUAAAGAACUUGAAUGGAUUGGAGGCAGUUGCAGAUACUUUAGAGGAGCUGUGGAUCUCAUACAACUUCAUUGAGAAACUGAGGGGUAUCCGUGUAAUGAAGAAGCUGAAGGUUCUUUAUAUGUCAAAUAAUUUGGUGAAAGACUGGGCAGAGUUUGUGAGACUGGCAGAGCUGCCAUUGCUAGAGGAUCUGGUGUUUACAGGCAAUCCACUACAAGAGAAAUACACCUCUGAUCAGAAGAACAGUUGGAUUGAAGAAGCAACCAAACGGGUACCCAAGCUGAAAAAGCUGGAUGGUAUUCCAGUUAUUAAAAAAGAAGAUGAAGAAGAAGGAGCAAACUGAUGACACUUUCUUGUUGGGUAUUUAAGUAACUCCAGAUAGCUCGGCAUAUAGAACUUUUAUAUAAAUGUUUGUUUUGAAGAAGAUCUUUGGGCAAUUUUUAAAAGAUGAGCUUAUCUCCACAGUCUCUCACCCAAAGAGUUAGUUACCAAAAUUCGGGCACACCAAUUUUGUCACGCUUAUGACACCUUCUUCAGAGACCAGUGGAACUAAGUUUAUCAGCUAGCAAGAGGUCUUUGCCUAAUCUAAUGCAUAGCUAUUUUUCAUCCCUGAUUAGUGGUGCUUGUUGUUCACUCUUGGGUUAUAAUAGAACCAUUGUGGCGUGUCAGGUGCAGCUGGCCAACGUUAUCGUUGGAAACACUGAGGCCGAAAGAACAGCGUUGUGGUUUAGAGACACAUUACAGGCUUUGUUGUGUUUAAUUUUGUCAUGGGAAUGCCUCAGUAUUUUAAGUAUGCGAGUUUGCCUUUUCAUCCCCUUGCUGUUAUGCCAAACAGGCCCAGUAGUUGUGGACCUACGCACAAAAAAGGGAUUGGUCCAAUGAUCGCUUCUUACUGGCCUUAAGUUUUGACUUGGGCUUCUCGCAUUGGAACUCAACUGCAUUGCUUAGAAGGCCACGUAUAACUUAAUAUAUUUAUUUAUUUUAAAGAGGCAAUGGGAAUUCUUUGCAUGGUUUCAGUGAGACUAAAAUAUCUGCUAGCUUUUUUUUUGUUUUUUUGUCUCUUAAUAAGAAAUUAUUUUAGAUUGGAAUAUGUGGUCUAUUAGCCUACAGCUGGUUCCUAGUUUUGGUUUGUGUCACUACUGGACAUAAUCCUUCUCAGCUCUGAAUUUUUCCUAUAACUAAGUAGGCUUAUACUAAUACAGAAACAAACAGUGAACAAAGGACCUGGGUUUGAGGACAGAAAAUUUUGGUUUUGGAGAUACUAAUUUUUUUAUGAAAGCACAGAUGUUAAGCGGUGAGAGGAAGCGUAUGUAGUUAGUGGGGAAGGUGAGAUGAGAUGGAAAGUGAGCAUUAGAAAAAAGUAUAAAGAAAGACAUACUAAAUGUGCUAUAAACGUUCUUUACUAAAAGUAUAGUUUUAGUAAAGCCCCCUUAUAUGACAGAUAACUAUUUUUAGUGAAAAGCUUUAAACAGUGAUGAAGACAUACCUGAUUGCACUGCUGGAUGCCAAGAGUGGGGUUUUUUUCAUCUUCUCUUUAGAGAAUAGAUCACUCCGUCUUGAUUUUGGGUUGUUGAUUUUGGGUUGUUUUUUUAAAAGCUUUUCUUCUGAUUCAUGGUACCAUCUUCGUUUAAAUUAAAAUGGCGACAAGUGUACCUGCUGGUUCCAGACCAGGCAUAGAAGGGAUGGAGGCAGACCACCACUCAAUUAUUUUGUUUGUGACAGUGUGGCAGGAGUUGAAAUCUUGAAGUCAUGGUCAGAGAUAAAGAGGUAGAAUUGGCCCAGGUUUUGUACUUGCUCGUUAGCACAUUGACCUCUCUUCAGAGAGCUGGUGUAUGCAGUGAUUCUAUUGAGAACUGCUGGAAAAAGGUGAGAAGAGACCCGACAACCAGCAGAUGACUCAGGUUGCACUAGAAAUAGACUCAUCUAGAAAAAUCUUCAAGCAAGAGAGCACUUUUAAUACCCCCUUUGGCUAUCUUUUGUAUACAGUAAUUUUGUAGCAUGACCAAACUGUUAAAUUUAGGCCUAUGUUUAUAAUGUUGUUCUUGUUUAAAAACUUGAAACUUGUCUAAAAAAAAAAAUAAUAUAACAUUGUUUUAUACAAACAUCUUUGGAUGUGUAAUGAAAUAUUGUUCUCAUUUUGUUCUCACAAACUUUCCUGGCUGCUCAGGGAGCAAUGUGUUUAUAGUAUGUAAAUGCUGUUCCCUAUUGCCUCUAUAUCUUACAAUAGAAAAUAACUUAAGACUUUAAAAAUCCUGGUACAUUGUGAUUGUUGUCAUCUGAUACAUAAAUAUUUUUCAAUCUUUUAAGACAUUG